AUGCAGGGCCUGAGCUCCCGGGCCCACGCGUUCUCCGUGGAGGCGCUGGUGGGGAAACCCUCCAAGAGGAUGAAGGUGUCCGAGAGGCACGAGUCAAGCGCGGCUGCAGACGCGGCCGGCGGCAUCCACAGCGGCCUGUCUGAACACACCGCCAGCCAGAUGACUGCAGCAGGUUCAUGGAGGCCUGGAGACGCGCCGGGACAGAGCGGGCCGGAGGAGUCUGACCCGGGGCCCGAGGAGAGCGAGUCCCGGCCGGACAGAGAGGUCCGGGCGGAACUGCAGGGCUCCGAGCUGUGGAAGAGAUUCUAUGAAAUCGGAACCGAGAUGAUCAUCACCAAAGCUGGCAGAAGAAUGUUUCCUUCUGUGCGCGUCAAAGUGCGCAACCUGGACCCCUGCCAGCAGUAUUACGUGGCAAUGGACGUCAUGCCCGUGGACUCCAAGCGCUACAGGUACGUGUACCACAGCUCGCAAUGGAUGGUGGCUGGAAACACGGACCACUCGUGCAUCUCUCCGCGCCUCUACGUUCACCCGGACUCGCCGAGCACCGGGGAGACGUGGAUGCGACAGGUGAUCAGCUUCGACCGGGUCAAGCUCACCAACAACGAGAUGGACGAUAAGGGACAUAUCAUUCUUCAGUCGAUGCAUAAAUACAAGCCCCGCGUGCACAUCAUCCGGCUCGACCCGCGGAUGGACCUGUCCCAGAUCCGGUCCCUGCCUGCCGAAGGGGUGAACACCUUCUCCUUCCCGGAGACGGAGUUCACCACCGUCACAGCCUACCAGAACCAACAGAUCACCAAGCUGAAGAUCGACAGGAACCCGUUCGCCAAAGGCUUCAGAGAUCCAGGACGGAACAGGGGGGUUUUGGAUGGCCUGUUGGAGUCAUACCCCUGGAGAGCCCCUCUGAGCUUGGACUUUAAGCCUUUCUCCAUCCAGCUCCAAGGAAGCUCCCUGUCGCCGAGCAGCAGUGCGAAGAACUUCCUCCCUCUCUCGUCGUCUUCACCUCUUCUUCCGUUCUCCUGCCCGGACGCCGCUCUCCACGCUCUCACCCUGCCCCUCUUCGGGAAGGCGUCCAGCGCCGCGCCCUCCGUUCCUCAGCUGCCCGGCAGAGUCUUCUCCCUGGGAGCGGACGGACUGAAAGGCGUUCCUUCUCUGCCGCCGCUAGCGGACCUGCCACUUCUGACGGCGCUGCAGGGGAAGAAGCCCCUUCACUGCAGGGAUCCAUGUCUGCACAGGUCCCCCGGGAGCUCCCCGUGCCUCGUCCCCCUGCACAGCCCGCUGAGCCCCCCGGGUUCGUCCCUCCUGCCUCAUCUCUCUGACACUACGACCCCCUACUGUCUUUACAGCUACAGCUUUCCCCUGAGUCCCCAACUCACAGCUAUUUCUAGACACGGCAAACUGAGCGAAGACACCACGGACUGCCUGCUGCGGCACCCGGCCUGGCAGCAGACCUCCAACCACUGCCUCUGACAGCUGGACUCUUAGGACCAAGCAAAACCGAACGGGGAAAAAGUGACUGACUGUGAGGUGGACCUUUGUAUUUAAGAACUGUUCAAAACGACGUGUUGGAAGCUCAAGCACAAAAAAGACGAUCCUGAAGCUGGUCAAACCUGAGCCAAAACAUCCUAAGUUGGAGUAAAUGUACAAACUUUUCUCUUCAGGGUGGAAGUAGAUUGUUUUUUUUACAUAGUCUUUCUGUGAGGUUAUCGUUAUUUAAGCCAACUUCUUCACACGACGUGUGAGUAUCGAUAAAAAGAUCCUGGGUUGUGUCAGAUAAUGACUGACAAACAUGGCGUUUACUGUCACAGUCGCUGUUAAAAUAACCAUGGUGAAGUACCUAUUAAAGUUUAUUUUGUACUUUGGUCAAAAAGGUUCAAAAUAUUUUUGUAGCAUACCAACACAGAAACAUACAGGGGAUUUAUAAGUAUCUCUGCAAAUAUGUAAAAUAACCGCUUGUGUAAUUUUUUUGACAAAAGAAUCACUUUUGGC